AUCGGGGGGCGGGACUGUGAGGUCCAACAGGAAAAACUAAAGAAAGAUGGCUGCGAUCAGAAAGAAACUUGUGAUAGUUGGUGAUGGAGCCUGUGGAAAAACCUGCCUCCUCAUAGUGUUCAGCAAAGACCAGUUCCCUGAAGUUUAUGUACCCACAGUGUUUGAAAACUAUGUGGCAGAUAUUGAGGUGGAUGGUAAACAGGUGGAGCUGGCUCUUUGGGACACAGCAGGUCAGGAAGACUAUGACAGAUUGAGGCCUCUCUCCUAUCCUGACACAGACGUCAUCCUCAUGUGUUUCUCCAUCGACAGCCCCGACAGUUUGGAGAACAUUCCAGAGAAGUGGACUCCUGAAGUGAAACACUUUUGCCCCAGUGUGCCCAUAAUCCUUGUGGGAAACAAGAAAGACCUGCGCAAUGAUGAGCACACACGUCGAGAGUUGGCUAAGAUGAAGCAGGAACCUGUGAAGUGUGAGGAGGCGAGGGACAUGGCAAACCGGAUCAAUGCGUUCGGUUACCUGGAGUGUUCAGCCAAGACGAAGGAUGGCGUGAGAGAGGUGUUUGAAAUGGCCACCAGGGCGGCGCUAGAGAUCAAGAGACGGGGCAAGAAGGGCGGCUGCAUUGUGCUUUAGAGUAUCAGCUCACUCAGGGUUACAUGGGAAGGGCAUUCAGGGGAUGUGGGAGAAAAAUCAAACCAGGCCAAAGGGACAAAACGAGGGUCAACUGAUAAAAAAAAUUAAGGGACGCUGAAGUCCAAGGUUACAGUUUUUAGCUUUCAAUUAAAAAUACUGUAAUCGUGCGUUUUGGGACCCCAAAUUUGGAGAAUGUGAGAAGAGGGACAUAUGUUUUUUUAAAAAGUGCACGAAUAGAAGAGUACUGUAAGGUUUUCCAGUUCUGCUAGGGGACUGUUGGGGUCUCUGAUGGUUUGUUUAAAGCUGUUUUUACACAUGCACUCCUGAAAGUUUCCAGAAAGUUCAGAUAGACACCCCCUGUGCACCUUAUGGCAGGGGUCUACCUCUGUCAGGAGGGGAGGGUGUGUUUAGAUGCAUCUUAAGAAAAAAAAAAUGAAAAAGGCAGACAAAGCCACAAAGUGUGAUGCCAAGAAGACAGUUUUUGGUUUUAUAACAAGUGUAGGGAGGGUCCUAACAGCCUGCAAGCAAUGCAGCUAACCAUUUUUACCUGUUUCCACUUUCCUCUCUAUCACUUGUGUUUACUUACAUGAGGAACAAGGUAAAGGGAAAUAUCUGAGAGGAAAAUUUCCUUUAUUUUCUUUCACUUUUGUUGCUCAGCAGAGCUUAUGGCUUUGUUUCACUGAGCAGAUAUAGUAGUGCGUUAAAGAUAUUGACAUCUAUGACUGGAAUACUCUGUCUUGUGUUAAAGCAGAGGCAAGGAACUCCACUGUCUGGUCCAACCUUCAAAAUAAAAGCAUGCAAUCAUGCUGUUAGAGGGGAAAACAAAACUUAGUCUCAGAGAGCAGAGAAUUAAAGCUGAGGGAUUUAAAAAGAAUACUGAAUUACAAUUUUUUGACUUUUACUGCAGUGUCAUGAUUUGUGGUAUUAAAGAGGGAAAUGUUUACAUUAUUACUCUCUUUUUAUUGAUAAAUGAUUACUGAAGAAACAGGAUUGAUGAAUAUGAUUUUUAGCAGUUUUUGCACAAAGAUAUUUAAUUUUUUACAUCUGUGUGAAAAUGUGCAUCUCUGCUGCAGUAUAUUGAAAUCAAAAAGGUAUUUUAAAAGGAUCUUUAACCCACAUUUCACCUCAAAGAGUCAUUGCACCUGCUGUGAUUUGAUAAUUGCAGAGGGUGAUAUUGCAAAUUCAAUACAAUUUCGAUUUACUGGUCAUUCCUUCAGAGAAUUGAAUAUUUACUUGAUGCAGUUUGGACAUAGAUCAUCUGACAUGCUGUCAGAAGGAUGAGGAUAUGAUGUAAAAGAGCAAUGCAGAAAUGACAAAGCUACAGUCUUUUGCUACAUUGAUAAUCUGUGCCUUUAUAUCAAGCUACAUGUAGUUUGACGUAUUCAUCAAAAGAGUGGAGAAGGACAUUUGGGUGAAUAUAAAACAUAAUUAAGCAGUUUCAUUCUGUGCACGCUGAUCGCAGGAUCUAGACAUCAUCAACCCUUUCUGCUUGUUUGUGAGGAGUUUUCCUGAAUAUUCCCUGUUGUGAUCGAGCAUCAGUUUAACUUCACGCAGAAAAUAUACUAGAGGGUUGAUGGGAAAAAGUCAGGGUGGAGAUUCCACCAUUCGUCUGUCUAUCUUGAAAGUUUCAGGAGUUUUGUGCAUGUGUAAAGCUCUAAUGGAGACCACGUCCAGCAGAAGGCUUCAGUGCCUGACCGCCUGUUGGAGGACUUCCAUAGCUUGCAGUGACUGUUUCUUUUUUUCUUUUACGCUAUCAUUCUGCAAGUAUUCCUUUCUCCUUUACUCCUAAAACACAAACCAUAAAAAUGUACAUUGGCUUGAUGCAACAAUUUUGGAAAGUUUGGCAUUAUUGAGCUUAAAUACACAAUGGUGAUGAGACCAACUUAUUUGAGUGUUUAGAUGAGAUUGUUACUGAAUGAAACCGUCUGAAAACAUUGGCGUUAUGUGGACUGUGAUGUACUCUCUUUGGAAAGUUACUGUACAUUCUCAAAUAGAAGUGAGGCCUGAUUUACAUUAAAUGCAAAAGGACCAGCUCCCUCUGAGGCACCAGCUAUGUGGAAGUUCAGUCUGGUUUGUUCUAACUAAUGUUUUAAAGGUGCAGCAGCAGAGACGUUAAUGUUAGCUGAAGUUUCACCUUAACUCAUACAGCUACCUUCUGCUAGUCCUGGGUAAAAUCUGGUCAUGUCAUGGUGCUGUAAAGAUGGGAUAAUUUGCAGGAUGAAGAGGAGCAGAAGGUUUUUAGAGGCUGUUUGGUGUCAGCAGAGUUGAUGACGUCCCUCAAACAUGAAGGAUGAUUUUUUUUUUUUUUUUACUCCUACUGUAUGUUUAGUAACUGAGUACUGUUGUAUUAUCUCAUGCUUUAGUUGAAGAUUUUACCUCUGCAUGUCACUCAUGUUAAUUUACCCCAGCUGUAAAUAUUUUUUGGCUGCUUUUUACCACCUCAUCAAUAUUUUUGUUCCUUCUGGUGAGUUAACAAAAUUCUGCAGAGAUUAUUUUAAGCAUUAGGCUGUUCUUGAGUUCGGUUUAGAAACAUGCAGAAGUGGCAGUAACGCCACACUAGGGAUCAUUUUUACCACGGGCCUGGCAUUGGGCAAUGACAAGCAAUCCGCCUGGGCCUCGUCCUCUAAGGGGGUUUCAGAAUUAGUCAUUAAGAUCUGUUCAGACUGAAGACUCGCGACAUGAUUUUUUUAGAAUGUCUGAUGACUGAAACCACCCCGAUCCCUGCAGCAAUAUUUAGAUUUAGUUUGGAUGUCAGGCUCUACUAGUUAAGAUAGUGCUUUUGUGUCUGUGGUGCAUUCAAACCAUGACAUAAGGAAGCUAAAACUAAGUAGUUUACUCACAGGUUUCCACAUAGCUGGUGCAACAGGCCACAGCUUAAUGUCUACAGGGUCCUAUCAGAGGGAAGUCUUUAUCUCAGUGUGUUUUGUUAAAAGAAUACUCCAUGAUUACUGAUCUACUCGUGUUUUAAUCUCAUCCUCAUGCAACACUUCCUCCAUUUUUACCUGUUGCCUUGAAAUCUUCAGUGUGGUGUUCAUUUUCUCAGCACUGUUUCCAUCACAGCUGUGUCAGAGUUUCUUAUUUAUAACAUAAAUACUGUUUUCAGUUAUUUAUCGUUCUACCCAGUUGAAUUUAGCAGGUUUUAGUCGAUAUGAAUACAGUAUUUUCCAGGCGUUUAUUUUGAGAUUUUUGCCUUUUAGUCAUUCUCUGUUACAUUUUUAUAAUUGACCUUUCUGCUUUGUUUUUCAUGAGCUUAAGUUUGGGCUCCAAAAAUCAGUCAGACAUCACAAAGGGAGAGAGCAGAGCAGACGAUG